AUGCUUUUUGGGAUAGUUGCUUUGGUAAUUGGUUUUAUUCUGUUGCCUUUGGUGAUUAUGCUCCUCAUAGUCUUCUAUUUUGCCCGGAUUGCGGCCAUGUUAUGGGAAAUUGGCCACAAUGUUCUGAUUUGGUCUCUUUCCGACAAUAAAAAUGUUGCACCAGGUACUCAGCCUCUGCCUAUGAUGGAACUAAAUAUUCCAACAACAUUAGAGGGGAGUGGACAUACAGAUCAACCAAAGCUUAAUGCACCUGAGGUGAUGCAAGUAGAGGAGGUCCCGAUAGCGAACGAGGAAGUCAACGAAAAGGUUGUCAUAGCAUUGGACAAAAGGCUCAAACGACGAGAGGGUGGAAGCGAACAUCAGGAAACGAAAGUAGAACACUUGAAAGUACCACCCUCAAAAAGGAGAUGCCGAUUGUUAUAG